GAAAACCUAACCCCUCCCCUCCCCUUCUUCUUCACGCCCUCGUCCUCUCCUCCUCCGUUUCAGCAGCUCGGUGUCGCCGCCGCCGCCAUUGUCUUUCUUCCGUCCGUGGCACCGUAGUUUCCUCCUUCGUAAGGGUUUUGCAUUGUUUUUCUACUCCUUUGUUGCUACAGGAGUUGAGUGGAAGAUGAGUUUAAUAUCUCAAAAUGUUGCUGCAAUUAGUAGUCUCGAGAAGGUUACAGGGGAGACAAUUGUUGCCUCGUCAUCUCCUUUGAGAAACCUAGAUGCUAGUGAUGUAGAAAUCUCUGGUGCAGAUACUACUAGGCCAAAAAAGAGAAAGAAAGAACACAAAAAAGAAGAUGCACAACUGGUAAAAGAACAACAACAGAAAAUGAAGAAGCUUGAAAAUUUUCUAUUUGGAUCACUUUAUUCCCCUGCUGAAUUUGGGAAACAUGAAGAGGUAAACGGUUUGAGUGGUGAGGAAAAAGAAGCUCCUGCUUUGUAUAUAAUGGACCGCUCUGCAAAUAGCUCCCUUUCUGCAUAUGAAGGUGAUUUUGGGCUCCUAGACGAGAGUGUUAAUGAGGAGGAACCCCAGCAAAGAAAACCAGUCUGGAUUGACGAGGAAGAGGAGAAGGCCACUGUUAAUAUUACUAAUGUUAGUAGGCUGAGAAAAUUGAGGAAGGAAGAGGAUGAGAAAUCGAUUUCAGGCUCCGAGUAUGUGUCCAGACUGAGGGCUCAACAUGCAAAGCUAAAUCCAAGCACUGAGUGGGCUCAACUUGAUGUACAAACCAGUGGUGGUAGUGAUGAUGAUGAUCUAUCAUCAGAUGAUGAAAAUGCAGUUGUUAUGGCCGAUGGUCAUGAUGAUGUUGAUUCUAUUGAUGAUAUCCUUCGAACGAGUGACAAUCUUGUAGAGAAGAGUGGUGGUAAAUUAUUGCCCGGUCUUCUUGAAUACUCAAGACUUGUAGAUGCUAAUGCAGAGGAGCCAUCUAAUGGUCCUAUUCAUUCGGUUCAGUUUCAUCGCAAUGCUCAGUUACUGCUAGCUACUGGGCUGGAUCGGAGGCUUAGAUUUUUUCAGAUCGAUGGUAAACGGAAUACCAAAAUUCAGAGCAUUUUUCUUGAGGAUUGUCCCAUAAGAAAGGCAUCGUUUUUGCCUGAUGGAUCUCAGGUAAUCAUAUCUGGGAGGAGGAGGUUCUUCUAUAGCCUCGAUCUAGUGAAAGCAAAAGUUGAUAAAAUUGGCCCUCUCGUUGGUAGAGAGGAGAAAAGCCUUGAGGUUUUUGAAGUUUCUCCUGAUUCUAGCACAGUUGCCUUUAUAGGUAACGAAGGCUAUAUCCUGCUAGUGUCAACCAAAACAAAGGAGCUCAUCGGUACACUUAAGAUGAACGGAACCGUACGUUCUUUGGCGUUUACUGACAAUGGAUUUCAGUUACUGAGCUCUGGGGGUGAUGGGCAAGUCUACCACUGGGAUUUGAGAACAAGAACGUGCAUCCACAAGGGUGUGGACGAAGGUUGCAUAAAUGGUACUGCACUUGGCACUUCACCUAAUGGAGCACUGUUUGCAGCUGGUUCUGACAGUGGCAUCGUUAACAUCUACAACAGAGAAGAAUUCUUAGGGGGCAAGAAGAAGCCAAUGAAAGCCAUCGAGAAUCUGACCACCAAAGUAGAGUUUCUGAAGUUCAAUCACGAUGCUCAAAUAUUGGCCAUCUGUUCAAGGAUGAAAAAAAGUAGUUUGAAGUUGAUACACGUUCCUUCUUUCACAACAUUUUCAAACUGGCCGCCACCAAAGAAGAAUCUUCAAUACCCUUCAUGUUUGGAUUUCAGUCCUGAAGGAGGUUACAUGGCCGUGGGAAAUGCUGCUGGUAAGGUAUUAUUGUAUAAACUACAUCAUUACCGUCAUGCUUAGAUUUGAUCUCCAGAUAUUUGAAUCAUCAGUGGUGGGAACAGUUUUGAUACUUGUAUUACUUACUACUAACGCUCAGCUGUUGUUACUGUAGCCUAGUUUUUACAGUUACUGGGUUCUUACACAUUUUCUAUGUAAUAAGAACGGUUUUUUUUUUGUUCUUGAGAUGAAAGGUUGAUCCUAAAGAAAGAAGAGAUUAUUUCUA